UUGUUUCUUGGCCUUACAAUCUGCGAUCAACAUGCUGAACAACGCAAACGCAGCUACGACUUGCCCAACAAAAUAUCAGACGGCUAUUAAUUCAUACUAUGCAAACCAAAACUGCUCCUGGGACUAUGGCUCACAACCGCACAGUGUCGAAGUCUGUGAUCCGAUUGUGAUGGAUUACAAUAAAUGCGCCUUAAAAGCUGUAGGACUUCUUAAAGCCGACGGCUCUUUCGACGACGCGGCCUUCCAGAAAACCACGUUGCAGAACAAGUGCAGCUCGGACGCCAAGUUCUCAACCGCGUACAAGCCUUGCAGGGACUCUACCAUGAAAUACUUGAACUUUCCUCGAUUCAUCAUUUGCCAAGUUAAAAAAUUAGUGCUUUGAGGCAAACGAAAGAGAAUAAACUCACCCGGAACACUGCGGAUUUAACUUAUACGGAACACGGCAAAUUGAACUCACCCUGAUUACGGCGAACCGAAUUCAUACGGAACACCACAAACAGUACUCAACCCGAACACGGCGGUCUGAACUCACCCGGAACAGGACUGAAACCAACAUCAAUAUCUGGAUAGAUAUCUAGAUAAUGUUUGACCAUAUUAUUCACUAGCUCAUAAUAGCUCAUAAUGUAAGGGAAUGUUUUGAGAAAAAUCAUCUAUAUUGAUGAUUAUAAUCUAUAUCUUGAUCUAUAUAUCAAUCUAUA